AUGAAGGAGCUUGGAGAAUUGAAGCAUUUCCUAGGGCUCGAAGUUGAGAAGACAAAGGAAGGUAUGUUCCUAUGUCAACAAAAAUAUGCAAAGGAUCUAUUAGAAACAUAUGGGAUGCUGGAGUGCAAGCCACUAUCUACACCAAUGGAGGCAAACAUUAAGCUUCGUGCAGGAGAGGGGAAAGACUUAGAAGAUCCAAGGAUGUAUCGACAAUUGGUAGGUAGUCUUAUCUAUCUAACUCUUACUCACCCUGACUUGGCAUAUGCAGUUGGAGUAACAAGCCGUUAUAUGCAAAAUCCCAAGAAGCCACACUUGGAAGCAGUAUGGCGGAUACUUCGAUAUUUAAAAGGAAUUGUGGAUUAUGGUAUUUUAUACCAUAAAGGUGAAGGAUGCCAAGUAACUGGAUACUGCGACGCUGAUUACGCCGGAGAUUGUGAUACGAGGCGAUCAACUACAGGUUACAUCUUCAGUUUAGGAUCAUGA